GGUAGAGAUCGACCGUCAGUUGGCUGCUUACCUACUUAACAAAAUACAUUUUAUUCAUAUUUUUUGUAGCUAGAUUAUAGUUUUAAGCUUUAGUGAUGUCAGAAGAGCUUGCGUGUUCGAAGCCGGAGGAGAUGAGAGACGCUGAGACCGAAAACAGCGUGGAAAUCAUCAUCAAACUGACCAGCGAAAAUCCAGAAAACGAUCAUGAUCAUAAUGUCAACCAAGAGACGGAAAGAGACACAGAGACUCUUUGUACUGAGAUCACACCAAAACAUAAUCGAGUUUCUAAAGAGUUAUUUCAGACAAAAGAAGAUGAUGAUGAUGACGACGACGACAGCGGCACCCAUUAUCUGAGUUGUGAUGAAAGACCCUAUACUCAUUUAAGGCGAGCAGAGAGGCCAGGACAUGAAAAACUGCCGGACACCUUCCAGACAGAUCAUCUUUUGUACUAUGAGAGAUUCAAAGCAUAUCAAGAUUACAUGCUUGGUGACUGUAAAACGUCUGAAGUAAAAGCCUUCACCUCUGAGUACCUGGAGAAGAUAGUGGAGCCAUGUGAUUGGCAGGCCAUAUGGCACACUGACGUGUUUGACGUGCUGGUUGAAGUUGUGGACGUUGAUUGUAAGGAGCUAAAGGCAAAGGUGGAGCUGGUGCUACCAAUGGAGUGUGAGACCAGAAGCUGUGAUCUUACUGAAGAGUCCAUGAAGUCCCUGCUGGAAGCUACACUUCAUAAAGUACCUCUUCUGGAGCUCUUGGUUGUCUACAAUGAGUCUGGGGACUUUGAUCAGACUGCUCUGGCCCUGGAACACCUCAGGUUUUUCUAUAAGCAUAUCUGGAGGAAGUGGGAUGAGGAGGAUGAGGAUGAUGACUUUGAUUACUUUGUUCGGUGUGUGGAGCCUCGUCUUAGGCUUUACUAUGAUAUCUUGGAGGAUCGUGUUCCAGCUGGUCUUGUCGCUGAGUAUCACUCGGUGCUGGCGCUCUGCUCUGUGAAGUUUCAGGAGUUCUCCAGCCUGAGAAGUGACCUGAACAGUGACUCCGAUUCUGAACAAGACAACGUGUCAAUGGUGGAAGGGCUGCGCAUGUACGAGCAGCUGGAAGCACUUAAGCGCAAGCUGCGUAUUAUUGAAAACCCACUGCUCAGGUAUGUUCUGGGUUACAAGGUGAACUCGGGUCAGCAGUCAUGCAGGGCGAAGGGGCCACGUCCUGCCGGUGGCCAUGUGGUCCACUUGGUAUCUGCCUCGGCCACAGUUCACCAGCUUCAAAGCUUGAUAACUGACAAACUGAUGCCCCAGUAUUCGAGUGAAGAGUUUGAAGUGCAGUUUCACAGUGACCCGGUGCUUGCGGUCAAUGCGUGCUAUGAGGGCGAUGUGGUCAUCAUAUGCCCAGGCCUUUACAUCAUCACCAGCUCCAUCAGUCUCGUAGACUCUAUCGAGGUUGAAGGAUACGGUCUGCCGGACGAGGUGGUGAUCGAGAAGCGUAACAAGGGUGACUCUUUUGUGGAGUCAACGGGGGCAAACGUCAAACUCUCAAAUCUAAAGUUCAUACAGCGCGACGCCAUUGAAGGCAUCUUGUGUGUUCGCCAGGGGAAGCUGGAAAUGGAAAAUUGUGUGAUGCAGUGUGAGACCACAGGUGUGAUUGUGCGAUCGGCGGCCCAGCUCUCCAUGAACAUGUGUGACCUGUACGGUUCCAAGGGAGCUGGCGUGGAGAUCUACCCUGGGAGUGUAUGCAGUCUGGUGGGCAACGGCAUCCAUCACUGCAAGGAGGGGAUCCUGAUUAAGGAUUUCGCAGAUGAGUUGGAUGCCAUGCCCAAAAUCACCAUGGUGAACAACGUGAUCCACAACAAUCAAGGCUACGGCGUUAUCUUGGUCAAGCCAGGUGACGCUACUGUGGAGGAUCUGCCCCCAGAGCCCAAUGCCGCAGAUGAGAAAGAGGAAGAAUAUGAUGAGAACACAGGAGUAAAACCAGAGGCAGAUAUGGACGAGGAUGAUGAUGAUGAUUGUGAUGUGCCUAUCAUUGUGGUGGAAGAAGUGUGUCCAGCCAUCAAACAUAGCCAAUGCAUCCCUCCAGACUUCACUGAGGGAAAUGAUGCCAUCAAGCAAGAGUCGGUUGCCUCGUCGGCCAAAAAUCGUGGGCUUCAGAAGAGCCGGAUAAAAGCACUAGGGGCCAUGCAGGCUGAUGAGAAUCUACUCUCACAGAAAAUGUUUAUUUCCAUUCAGGGAAAUCAAUUCAAGCUCAAUGGCAAGGGCAGCUUUGGCACCUUCCUGUAUUGAAGGCUUCUCUAUGGCAGACAUGCACAGACACACUUUACUGUUGAACUAUUUAUUCCGUUAUUGCUUCGAUUUUGCUACAAGUUUACUUUGAGAGAUUUUUAUUCAUUUCGUUGUGCGAGUGAAAUGCAAAAUGAAUUAAAUGUGUGCUAAAACGUGUUGGCUUUUAAAAAUGUAUUUUUAACCUGUGCAUUUUUUGGGGGGAUUUAAUUUGUUUAUCAAACACAAAAGCACUUGUACAUUUAAUAACACAAGAAGAGCAGCACCUUUUCUGUUCACUCUAUCUCAUGUUUUAGAACAAACAUGUUCACAGACAAAAUGCUUUUUUUUCUUCUUCUUGAAAGUUCACACCAUUCACGUUUUGAAACACUCUAGUUUAAUGGUUAAUAUUGUAACUAAUAAGCUCUAAAAAGCAUUAGGUCUCCGGUUUUUUUUCUUUUCUUUCUUUUCUUUAUUGUCUCUUAAUUAUUUUGUAGAAAUAAAGUGUUAUUGUUCCAAAUGGCAA